GUCGCCUGAAAAUGUUGUGCACCGGAAGUUGAACAGCGGAUGCCGAAUGGCCGCCGGUGACUGUGUAACACAGAAAAUCUUUGCAUAAUCAAAAUUGAAAAUUUUACUCCUUCUACAAAUAUAAUCUAAUGGAGCAAUCGCUUGCAUAUCCAUGCAAAAGUUUUUAACAAGUGCAAGUAAUUUAGUGAAUAAAUUUGUUAAAUAUAAAUGAAACAUUUUUCAAAAUAUUUUUGAGUGUUAUAAAUUUAGGCGAUUGAGCAAGAAAAAUUUGCCGAAGCUGUGCACACCAGCGAUUGAUAAUUUCCCUCCCCACUGUUGGAUGCUGUUACUGCUACGAAAUAUAACAAAAGUGAGCGAAACAGCUAGUGAGAAUUUUCCACAUGUAAACAACAGACUUACGCACCGAGUGACUGAAUAACGAUAAUCAGACUAACUGGCUGACAGAUAUACAGCUGGAGUGAAUUGAGUGCGUUUCAGUUUGUUUGAGGAAGAAUAUAAGGGGCAAACAACAACAAACAGCAAAGCAAGAAAAAACCACAGCAAAUAAAUAGACAACAUGCCAGUGCUUUUAAUUCAUUGAAAAUUCUGCUGAAAGGCGAUAGUGGCAGCCAGAAGAGAAACACAUUGCACGCGUUAUCAGAUGCAAGCGAAACAACAGAAAAAAUAAGAAAAGUAACAACCAGGAAAACUUAAGCCACCAGCUGUUCCUCAACUUUGCUAGUUGGGACUCCCAGAUUGGAAACGUGCACAUCGGAAACCAAACACAUAACAAGCUAAUACUUACAUAGGUAUUAUCUAGAGAGUACACAAAUGAUGAACUUCUACUUCUACGAAAUAAGCGAUGCAUAAUUCCUUCAAAGAAACAAGUAACACUAAUAUAAACAUAACACACACUUGUGACCAUUUAACUUUUAUCUGACGGAAGUAUAGAAAUAAACACAAAAUAAAUGUAAGCUCGAAGAAAAGAAAAGCGCCCAGGAUAACAGCAGCUUAGUACAACAGAAGAAAGCCAACAGGCGAAAAGUUGUGUGUAGCAGAAAAUCGCCAGAAUACGUAACAAAAACUCAUUCGAAAAGUGAAAAACAAAGUGCAAAAACCCCACAGCAGAAGCAACUAAAAUUAGAAAACGGUCAUCAAUUAUCUGCUUAGCAGCAGGUGUAGGGGAUAAAAGUAAAAACAGACAGGAUAACCAGGCGACGGACGUCAGAAUACAAAACACAACGGGUUGCUUGUUAACCACUACCACUUGAGCCGUUACGAACGUGUGAAGUGACUGCUCUAUAAGUUGUGUGAGUGGAAAACCGACAAGGCAACGAAAUUGGAUUAGAGCUGUAGAAUCGAACAAAUCGGACGUUGUACUUAGUGCGAAUGUGCUGGUAACAGGGCAAGUGGGCGCGUAACGGAACCUGGCGGAAGCUUAAGAGCAUUGAGCGCAACAAAUUACAUAUUCGCAAGUGUCCAGGAACUUGAAGUGAAUGAGGGCGCACGUUUCAGCAAAUGUAUACUUAGUACAUGUACCUACUUGUGAACAAAAUUGACAGCCGAUCGAAGUUAGUUACUGUCAAUUAAACCUGUAAGUUUAACGGAACGCACAAACGCACACAAGCACUGAUGUAUGUAGUUACUAAAAACAUAUCUUGAGUCAGACAAUGUGGGAGCGAGUAACUGUAUGCCAAAUGUGAGUGAACGGCUAUUGAACUGGUUACGCUCAUGCCAAUGAUUUCCUCAAGAAAUUUCAUGUAUGAGCAGCAACAACAAAAUCAACAACCUAACACAUACCUAAUUCAAAAUGACAGAUGUGUCACCGACAGCUGCACCAACAGCAACAGCAACAGUAACAGCAAUGACAACGCCAACCGCAGCAGGCACGGCAACAUCUCCGGUUGCCACGACAGCAGAUGGCGACUUAACUGGCUCUUUGCUCAAAAGCAUAGUUAGCUCUAUCGAUGACCCCGAUGUCAGCAUAAAUAAAUCUUUUACAAAUGGAGAUGGUCAUCACGUGGACAAAUUGCCGUCACUUAUAAAAACUGAUAAGCCACACUUGAAUCAAAACAACAACGAGCGUGUAGUCGAUAGCGGCGACAGUAUGACAACCAGCUUGUCCAGCAAACGUUCCUCGUGCGGUUCAGUUCAAUCACCCACAGCAGACGCAACUAGUCCGCGUGAACGCACACAAUCCACCGACAAUGGCGCCACCACUACCAUUACCAGCAACAACAGCGCAACUAACUCGAUAUCCGCUUGUGACAUGGCGACGCUAAAGCAUUCCCCCAACAAUAGCGCAGACAAUACGGCUCUCAAUUCGCCGGUGAGUUGUUGUAGUCCGAUUGUGCACGCGAUGACGCCGACGACGACAACUGCAGCAGCGGCCGAGCGGGCAGCCGCAUGCAGUAAUGGCGGCAAAGUUGCCCGACGUGAAGCCACGCAACAAGAAGUAGACGAAGUGGCGCGUUUGUUCGAGGAAAAGCCGGAAGCAUUCGAGAAAUGGCUGAUGGAGCGUGCACCGCCAGAGGCAUUGGCGCGAUUGCACGAAUUCAUCGAUUCCCGAAAGCCCCCGAAACGACCAUCAGUGACAUCCGAUCUGUUUCAGCAAUGGAUGGCGGCGUCACCUGUGCCGAAAUCCCAAUCUCGCUCACUGUCCACAUCCUCUGGCAAUUCAGUACUGGAUAGUCGACGACAUUUAAUGGAAUUGGAUGAAGGUGAACUAUUCAUGGAGUUGAUUCGUGAUGUGGCCAAUGAAUUGGACAUUGAUGUGCUGUGUCAUAAAAUUCUCGUGAAUGUGGGGCUGCUUACUCAUGCAGAUCGUGGCUCAUUGUUUUUGGCCAAGGGACCACCGAACAAUAAAUACCUGGUUGCAAAGCUCUUCGAUGUGACACAAAAGACAGCGCUCAAGGAUGCUGUUAAGAAGGCUAAAUUGGAAGAGAUACGAAUACCGUUCGGCGUUGGCAUUGCAGGCAUGGUGGCGCAAACUAAGGAGACGAUCAACAUAAAGGAAGCAUACAAGGAUGCACGUUUCAACUGUGAGAUAGAUUUAAAGACUGGCUAUAAAACGAAUGCAAUAUUAUCGAUGCCCAUUUGUAAUUACGAAGGUGACGUUAUUGGAGUAGCACAAAUUAUCAAUAAAACGAAUGGUUCCAUGGAAUUUAGCGACCAUGAUGUAGAGAUCUUUCGUCGUUACCUGACCUUUUGUGGCAUUGGCAUACAAAAUGCCCAACUAUUCGAGAUGUCCGUCCAGGAAUAUCGACGCAAUCAAAUACUUUUGAGCUUGGCGCGCAACAUAUUCGAAGAGCAAAAUAAUUUGGAAUGCUUGGUAACGAAAAUUAUGACUGAAGCGCGUGAGUUGCUGAAAUGCGAAAGAUGCGCAGUGUUUUUAGUGGAUUUGGAUUGCUGUGAAGCGAGUCACUUGGAGAAGAUUAUUGAAAAGCCAAAUCAACUUCAAAGUCGAUUAACUCGCGCGAUUAAAGAUGUUGAGGACGAUGAAAAGGAUGACAAACAAAAGACGCGCACCCGCUUUACGGUGCUUUUUGAGUUGGGCGCCUCCAAUCAAUCGGCCAACAUUUCUCGUCCCUCCGUCAAUGAUCUAUGCAAUUCCACGUUGGCGCAGAUUGCACAAUUUGUUGCGACAACCGGUCAGACGGUGAAUAUUAGCGAUGUACAUGAGUGGGUGCGCGAGCAUAAUCAGAUCCGUACUGAGAAUGAAAUGGACGCCACGAAGGCGAUUCUAUGUAUGCCGAUAGCGAAUGCGCAAAAAACGGUAAUAGGUGUGGCGCAGCUGAUCAAUAAGAGCACUGGUCUGCCUUUUACCGACUCGGAUGUUUCAAUUUUCGAAGCUUUCGCUAUAUUUUGUGGCCUGGGCAUACACAAUACGCAAAUGUAUGAGAAUGCUUGCAAACUAAUGGCCAAGCAGAAGGUGGCAUUGGAAUGUUUAUCUUAUCAUGCGACCGCUAGUGCGGAGCAUACUAACAAGCUGGUCAGCGAUAAAAUUGAGUCGGCCGAAAAAUAUGAUCUUUAUAGUUUUAAGUUUAUUGACUUUAAUCUCUGUGAUGAUGACACCUGUCGCGCCGUCUUGCGCAUGUUUCUACAAUGCAAUCUAGUCGCACAAUUUCAAAUACCCUAUGAAGUUCUUUGCCGUUGGGUGUUGAGUGUACGCAAGAAUUACCGUCCCGUUAAAUACCACAAUUGGCGUCAUGCACUCAACGUGGCUCAAACUAUGUUCGCUAUGCUGAAGACUGGUAAAAUGGAACGCUUCAUGACUGACUUGGAAAUACUAGGUCUCUUGGUGGCAUGUUUGUGUCACGAUCUCGAUCAUCGUGGCACAAAUAAUGCAUUUCAAACCAAAACCGAAUCACCAUUGGCUAUUUUGUAUACGACAAGCACCAUGGAGCAUCACCACUUCGAUCAGUGUGUAAUGAUUUUGAAUUCGGAAGGCAAUAAUAUAUUUCAGGCACUUUCGCCCGAGGACUAUCGCUCUGUUAUGAAAACCGUGGAAAAUGCUAUACUCUCCACCGAUCUGGCGAUGUAUUUUAAGAAGCGUAAUGCUUUCCUGGAGCUCGUGGAAAAUGGCGAAUUCGAUUGGCAGAGUGAGGAGAAGAAGGAGCUGCUAUGCGGCAUGAUGAUGACCGCCUGUGACGUGAGUGCCAUAGCAAAGCCUUGGGAGGUGCAGCAUCGACUAGCCAAGCUGGUUGCAGAUGAAUUUUUCGAUCAAGGGGAUCUAGAGAAGCUACAGUUGAACACACAACCAAUCGCAAUGAUGGAUCGUGAGCGCAAAGAUGAAUUGCCCAAAAUGCAGGUAGGAUUCAUAGACGUCAUCUGCUUGCCGCUAUAUCGCGUUCUUUGCGACACUUUUCCCUGGAUAACACCACUGUAUGAAGGCACGCUAGAAAAUCGACGCAAUUGGCAAGACUUGGCUGAGAAAGUGGAAAUGGGUCUGACUUGGAUAGAUCAUGAUACGAUUGAUAAACCAGUGGAGGAAUUUGCCGGUUGCGCCGAUGAGGAGAUUAAGGAUAUUGAAUUCACGGUUACCACACUCAAUUGUCAUCCGCAGCAACUGCAUGGCGAUGAUGCCUCCACGCCGGAACACCAUCGCGGCAGCACACGACUGAGUAUCAAAAAGACCGGCGCGCUAGGCAAAGCGGUGCGUUCGAAGCUAACAAAAACGCUCUACAACAGCAUGGAUGGUGUCAAACAAAAAUCAUCCUUCAAGCUAUUAGACACUCAUGUGAGCGAAGAUUUAGAUGAUAAAAGUCCAACAAGUCCUUCACAGCCCACGGCAGCAGGCCCCGGUCACAUUUCUGCUUCGUCGUCGACCUCGUCGGCGGGUACUGUCGGCACGGCCGAGAAGUCAAAGAAGCGCUCCAAGCUGUGCUCGCUAUUGUGACGAAAGCCCUCCAAUUAGAAUUUGGCGACCUCCACCGACAAGCACAGCAGCGGUGGAGGGUCGACCGAUGUCUAAUUGGAUUAGAGUUUGUAGAAAAAUUGUUUCAAUUCACUCACAGUAAAGAAAAGCAUUUUUUGAGUUGUGCAUGGAUGUUAUGUGCUUCUCGCAAAAGUAGAGUAGGCAGAGAAAAGGGAAAAAAGAGCUAAAAAACCAAACAAGUAAAUAAACGAAUCAAAAUUUUUAAUGAAAAUAUGAAACACUGGAUCAAAAAGAAAAUAGAUGAAAUUUUAAAUAGGAAUAAGGAUUCGGCUAAUGCAAGAAAGUCAAAAUAAAAAAUUUUUUAUUUUUAUUUUUUGGUUUUCAAAGGCGUUUGGGGUCGAAAUAUCAGCAAUACGACUACAUUAGUGUUCGAAAUUAAUUGAUUAAAGAUCUAUAUUAAAACUUAUUAAAGGAAAACAAACGAAGAAAUAUAGUCUACGUACAUACAGGCAGCGACAAAAAUAUGGAUACCCUGACGUUUUAACGAUUUUAUUUAUUUAUAUUUACCAUGCAGAAUGUCUCUUCUCUUUUACUAUAUGAAGCAACACCCUCUGCGAAAAAAAUUCUCAAAAAUCAUUGCUAAUUUUGGGCGGCUUGAAACGUGCACUUUAUUAUACUAAAAUUUAAUGGGCUGCAAAACUGCAUGCAUACUCCAGAUUUUUCUAAGUAGAAUUAAAAAAUUUUUAAUUUCAAUGAAAAUUUCUUGGUAUUUGCUACAUUUUCCCCGAGUUCUAUAUAAAGUCAAAGAAAUUGAUUUUUUUGGGUUUUGCUGUAGAAUGAACUAUAUUUUUAUAAAAAAAAUUUAAAAAUUUUUUAUGCAAAAUAUAAAUAUGUAUAUUGAUUCCUGUAGGUUUUUCUGUUGAAUGAACUAUGUUUUUAUAAAAAACUUAAAAAAUUGUCUAUGCAAUAUAUAAGUAAAUACAAUUUUUAAAACGAGAGGGUAUGCAUAUUUUUGACGCUGACUGUAUAUGUGUGCUAAAAUUCUGGAUAAAGUCUUACCCAAAACAAAAGCGUACUAAGCGUUGCAACAAAGCACUCUUUUUUUCUCCUUUGGUUGAAUGUAUUCCAUGAGGAAAAUAUGUAGAAGUAACCCAUGAAUAUGUACAAAUGUAUGUAAUGUGGCUUCACUUAAACUCUUAGUUAAUAUUAGUAGUACAUUUUUGUAUAAAAUACAAAUAAUUAUAUGUAUGUAUGUACAUCAACAACUUCUUUUUUAUAAUUACAUAAAAAGCUAGUCAAAUUUUCUUUAAAAAAAAAGUUUGUAUUUAUAUACAAGCAUUACUGCUGCAGCAAUGCAAUUUCUUGUUCUAGUCGUAUCAAAUGAAAAACUAAGUAAAUAUAAAUUAAAUUUACAUAAAAAUGUUUAUUUUAUUUUAAGUUUAGAUAUAUUAGAAAAAUAGCGUAGGUUUGCUUAAGAAACGCCAUGCGAGAAAAAGCAAUUUUGUAAAUAGUGAAAAAUUACUUUAUUACAUUAUGUAUGUAUGUACGUAAACUUAGCUCGGAGAGCUUUAAGAGCCGUGCACACUUUCAAGCUACGCCCCUUCGCGCACUUAGUGAUGGCAAAAAUGUCGCAACUACUACUUACUAUGAUAGCAAUACAAACCCAAUGAUGAUAUUUAUGAAAUCUCAAAUAUAAAAAAUUAUGUAUUUAUGUAUGUAAGUUUCUAUGUAAUUGGCUGUUGAAAAAUUAAUUAAUUAAAUGUGGCUAAACAAAAAAAAAAGAAAACGUUUUGAAUUAUUAAAUUGAGUAAAGAAACUUUAUAAAUGUGGGCACACAGUUUACAUACAAUUGAAUUUUCUGAAAGUUAUACUAAU